UAUUUGAAAGACGCCAUUACAUUGACCUAAAUAGUGUCCUUGGGAAAGACAAAUUUAAGGUAAUAAUGGAUUGAAUUCUGCUAAUUUACAAGACAUAGUAACAAGUACUGCAAAGGAACGUUUAUGUUUAAAUCAGGACUGUUCAAUCAUGGCUGUCCCUGGUAAAAAAGCUCCACAGAACUUAUCAUCAACCAUGUCUCGAGGUUCAGGAGAGGAUUUUGAAGUUUUCUGUCUACCCUGUGACAGAGAUGACCUCAGACUACCUGCUGCUGGGUACUGCGUAGAUUGUGAAGAGCAUCUGUGUGACUCAUGCUUUAACACCCACAGGAGACCAAAGCCACUUCGACAUCAUCAACCCCUAGAUAAAGCCCACAUGCCAAAGAGUCCAACUCUUUCAACAACAUCUAGUUCCACUCAUGUUGGACAGUCAGAUGACCUAACAGAUCCUUGCACGAAACACAAAAAAGAAAUCAUCAAAUUCUACUGCAAUGACCAUAAAGCACUACUAUGUGUUGUAUGUGUAACACUUGAACAUACCCCUACAUCCUGCCGGGUCGACUAUAUACCCGAUAUAUCAGGACAGGCCAUAGACAGCACUGGGUCCAAAGAAACUUUUAAGAAGCUAGGGAAAAUAGCUGAAGAAUGUCAAAAGAUAUCAUCAGACCUAAAACAAAUGGUUGCAAAAUCAAAUACUUCUUUAACGGACGUUCUUGCUGAAAUAUCAAAGCUCAGACAAGAGAUUAACCAAAGAUUAGAUGGACUUGAGAAGGAAGCUAAAGAUGCAGCAAAAACUUUACAGCAAGAGAAUGCCACAAAGUUGAGGACCACAAAAACAGCAUGUGAUAACGCCAUUCAGUCUAUAAAAGCAGCAUCCGACACAAUAAGACAUCUCAACACAACAAAGAAAGCAAACAAACUUUUCAUUGAGCUUAAUAAUGCUGAGCAAGUAUUCCAAGAAAAUGUAAACAAAAUGUCACAACUGACAACAGCUGAAGAUAUUAAAGAAUAUAUGUUCAAACCAGGUCCAGCCAUGGAAACACUUCUUCAAAAUGAGAAAUCACUAGGUACACUAAGAGCUAAACUACUAAAACAGUCAAGUUUGUCUUCAACCACUACUUUAAUAUUCAGCACAAUUUCUCCACCUAGAAACAUUAGUAUUAAUACUUCAUCAGAUGGAUGUGAUUGUUCCAUUACUGGAAUGACUACCAGUUCUCCAAACCAAAUAUUCCUAGCAGAUUAUAGCAAUAACUCAGUUAAAAUGGUAGAUACUAACAGUCUAUCCAUUCGACAACAGAGGCUAGAUUCAAGUCCUUGGGAUAUCAAAAUAAUCUCCAGAGAUGAACUUGUUGUAACAAUGCCAGCUAUCAACACAAUACAGUUUUUAUCUUUCUCCUCAAACAGACUCUUUAAGAAACACACACUUAAAGUAGAUGGAAAAUGUUAUGGUAUAUGUUACUAUCAGGAAAAAUUUGCUGUAACAUUCCUAGAUCCUGGCACACUCAAAAUCAUGGACAUGAAAGGCACUGUCCUAGUGAAUAUCACAAAAAACUCGAGUGGUAAAAAUAUUUUCAUUUACCCAGAAUAUGUCUCUACCAACAGCCACUCUAUCUAUGUAUCUGACUGGGGAAAGCAUGAAGUUAUAUGGUUGAAUUGGCAAGGUGAACUACUAGGUAGUUAUGGAGGGUUGGGACUUCCACGCGGACUUGAUAUGCUGACUGACGGUUCAAUUUUUGUGAGUGAUUCGAGAUAUGACAAAUGUAACAUACUAAACAUUACUGGUGACUGUAAAGAAAGCAAAACGAUACUGAAGGACUUUAAUUAUCCUAAGGCGAUUUGCUGGUGUGAUGCAAGCAAAACUCUUCAUGUCAGCAGCACAACUAUCUCUGAUGAAGGUAGAAACAAUUUAAUUAAAAUCUACAAGAUGUCAUAAAACACGGUGUAGGAUUAAUUUUCUACUGACUACAUAAAUUCUCAGAAAAAAGAAACAAACUUUAUCUAUGUAAACAUCAAUCUAUAAUAUUGCAUAAGAAACAUCACCAGGUGAAGUGCAGCGACAUCUUUCGGUGCUCGGGGACAGUUGGCGGCCCAUACAUUGGACACUCUUCAGCACAUUUAUACAUAUAAAUAUAUCGACUUUUAAACAGCCUUGUCAAUUAAAUGAAUAAAAAAGUGGAAAUGGGUAAUAAUUUUGUAAAAAUGCAAAAUAGGGCUAUGGAAUCUGUACGAUUUAUAUCAGCUCAUGACAGCAGACAAGUGUGUGAAAUUUCAAUCAAUUCCCAUGAGUGGUUAUUGAGAUAUCAGCUUACAUACAAAAACUUAACAAAAUACUGCUAAGUCGAAAAAGGUGCAUAAUUUUGUGAAAAAAAAAAGCAAAAUAGAACCUGUGCAAUAUAAGUCAGUAUAUCACAGUGAAUAAGUGUGUGAAGUUUCAAUCCAUUUCCACAAGUGGUUACUGAGAUACAAUCUUACAUACAAAAACUUAACCAAAUCAGGACGCGGACGCACGGGUGAGUCCAGUAGCUCCAUCUAUCCAUUGAAUAGUGGAGCUAAAAAACCUAAAAUAUUUUACAGACUAGACAGGAAAAGAUCAUUGUUGACUUUUGACCUACAAGUGUGACCUUGACCUUUGAGCCAAACUUGUGCAAAGUAAUAGUAAAAUCCUUUCGAUGGAUUGCAGAGUUAUGAAUGGGACAGGAAAGAAAACCAUACUGACCUUUGAUCUCCAAGUGUGACCUUGACCUCUGAGCUAGGGAUCUGAGCGUUGCGCACGAAAUAUCACCUCAUUAUGUGGAACAUUCGUGUUAAGUAAUAUCAAAAUCCCUUUACUGAUGACAGAGCUAUGGACUGAACAUUUAGUGACCUUUGACCUCAAUAGUGUGAUCUUAAACUGAGCUUGGGACCUGUGAGUUGCACUGCCACAAGACAUGUUGUCUCAUUAUGGGAAACAUUUGUGCCAAGUAAUAUUUAAAUCCUUUCAAGCUUCAAAUGGUGGAAGAUAAAGUACAUGUGCGCAUUAUUUUAGGCACAGGUGAGCAACUGGGUAGAUCGAACAAGAUCCACUUUCUUUGAAAGAAUACGAUACCCUAAACAAGGUUAAAAUCUACUCGGGUGAGGGCAAGUGAUUUAAGGUCAGGUAACUUAACUUGGCCAUUUUGAGUCUAUCAAGCUACAAUUUGAUGGUAUUUUGAUGUUAAGAGUAGCCUACCUUUGGCGGAGCACCUUUUGUUUCUCAACUAUUUUCUCUAGCUUCUUAAAAGUUUCUUUGAACCCUGUAUGGGUUUUAAAAUAGUAUAAUUAUAUAAUACGCCUUUCAAUAACACAUGAAUAUUAAUAUGAGUCGAAUGCUUUUCUCUCAAAUAAAUAAAUGGUGGCAAAAUAA